UCUCCCUCCUCUUCGUUCCCUCUAGGCUUUCCUUCCCUCCUAAAAUCAUAUCUGCGAAGCAUAAGAGAAAAAAUAAAAUAAAAAUAAUAAUAAAAUAAAAACAAAAUAGAAGUGAUGAAGGCUGGAGGCAGGAAUUAUAUUUUAAUUGUUUUCAUUUUGAUUGACUAUCCCAUUCGGAGAUAAAAUCAAAUAGUCCAUCUUUUUAGAUAGUCAUUAUAGUUGUUAUUCUAAAAAAAAAUGACAUAUAAAUAGGACAUUACGGCUUUGCUGGCUUGGCUGGAAGAAGAAGCAAUCUUUAUCCUUCACCUGUUUUAUUUGGUUUCUCUUCUCAUCACAUCACUCGAACUUCGCUCUGCUUCCUCUCUUCGAAGUUCAAAGCACAUCUCCAAUUUCUACUGUAAAACUAAACAUAUAUAUAUAUUUAUAUCUUUUUUAUUUUUCUGAUUAAUGGGUUUGUUGGGCUAUACAAAAACUUGUGAGAAUAGUAGUAGUAGUAGUGGUGGUGGUGGUGAAAGAAGGAGUUGUUCAAGGGGGAUUGGAAGCUUGAUUAGGAAGAAACAAGUUGAUUCUGUUCAUGUCAAGCGAGACACUCAUCUUCAAUUGGCUAAGAAAUUGUCUCUCUUUGAUCUCAUUGCUAUUGGUGUUGGAGCUACCAUAGGAGCCGGAGUUUAUAUUCUGGUUGGAACAGUUGCCAGGGAGCAUGCGGGUCCAGCCCUUACCAUAUCAUUCCUAAUCGCUGGCAUAGCCGCUGCACUCUCAGCAUUUUGUUAUGCAGAGCUUGCUUGCCGUUGCCCAUCUGCUGGGAGUGCCUAUCAUUAUACAUACAUAUGCCUUGGAGAAGGUGUUGCUUGGUUGGUUGGUUGGGCUUUGAUUCUAGAGUAUACUAUUGGUGGUGCUGCUGUUGCUCGUGGCAUAACUCCAAAUCUAGCCUUGUUUUUUGGAGGUGAAAACAACUUGCCUACUUUCUUGGCCCGUCAUACCAUUCCUGUACUGGGUAUCGUGGCUGAUCCCUGUGCAGCACUAUUAGUGCUAAUAGUCACUGUACUCUUGUGCGUUGGGAUCAAGGAGAGUUCAUCUACACAAAUGGUUGUGACUACAAUUAAUGUUGGUGCCCUGCUUUUUAUCAUAACAGCUGGUGGGUAUUUGGGCUUCAAAACUGGAUGGCCUGGAUAUAAAAUACAGAGCGGGUAUGUCCCUUUUGGAAUCAAUGGGAUGUUUGCUGGAUCUGCAAUAGUUUUCUUUUCAUACAUAGGUUUUGAUUCAGUUACCAGUACUGCAGAGGAGGUUAAGCAUCCCCAACAAGACUUGCCCCUCGGUAUAGCUAUAGCAUUAUCUAUAUGUUGCAUUUUGUAUAUGCUUGUGUCUGUGGUUAUUGUUGGCCUAGUACCAUACAAUGCCUUGGAUCCCGACACCCCUAUUUCUUCUGCAUUCUCUAGUUAUGGAGUGCAGUGGGCAGUGUAUAUUAUAACAACUGGAGCAGUUACUGCUCUCUCUGCAAGUUUGUUAGGUUCAAUUCUUCCUCAGCCUCGAAUCUUGUUGGCAAUGGCUAGAGAUGGAUUGUUGCCAUCAUUUUUUUCGGAUAUUAACAAAAACACACAGGUCCCAGUGCAGGGUACUGUUGCAACUGGUAUCUUUGCGGCAGCCUUGGCCUUCUUUAUGGAUGUUUCACAAUUGGCAGGGAUGGUUAGUGUGGGUACCCUGCUUGCAUUUACAACUGUUGCAGUGUCUGUUUUGAUACUCAGAUAUGUUCCACCAGAUGAGAUACCACUUUCAUCAUCACAGCAAGAGUCUAUAGAGUCAGUGUCAUUGCAGUUUGGUGUUAGUACUGUAGAAAGUGAUGGCAGAGUAUUCCAAGGUCCUGACUCGUGUGAGAAUGAUAAUCAAUCUUUGAAUGAAAAAAUGGAGAUCCAUCGUCCUCUAAUUUUGGAAGGUGUAGCACCAGAUAAGAGAAGUGAACUAAGCAGGCGAAAAAUUGCUGCUUGGGCCAUUACCUUUAUCUGUUUAGGAAUUCUUGUCUUUGCAUCUGCAGCUUCAGCUGAAGCCCUUCCCAGCAUUAUUCGUGUGACAUUCUGUGGUGUGGGUGGAGCUCUUCUGCUGUGCAGUUUGACUGUGCUGGCAUGUAUAAAACAAGAUAAUGGGAGGCACAGCUUUGGUCACACAGGAGGUUUUGCUUGCCCAUUCGUUCCAUUCGUACCUGCAACUUGCAUUUUUAUAAACACAUAUUUACUAAUCGAUCUCGGAGCCACAACUUGGAUCCGAGUUUCAGUAUGGCUGAUUAUAGGAGCACUGGUGUAUGCAUUUUAUGGCUGGAAGCAUAGCUCACUAUCGGAUGCAGUUUACAUUCCAACGACUUAUGCUAACGAGAUAUAUCUUCGUUCAUCAGAUGGUGCAGGAAAGUAAGCUUGGAAGGAGGGAUGGAGUCAUGAAAACUUUGGCAUGUGUAUUGGGAGAGGACUGAAUGGAUGGACUGCUAGAAAAGAUCGAGGAUGAAGUUUAUAUUAUGAGUCUUUCUAAUUUAUGUAUUUAUUUUUCCGCAUGAAGUAUUUGAACUAUUAAUUAAAGUUUUUUUAUGUAAUAACAAUGGGAUCCCGUAUUUUGGAUUUUUAUAAUAAAGUUCUAUUAUCCUA